AUGCCUUCCAGACUGAGGAAGACCAAGAAACCGAGGGGUCGUGUUAGCCAUGGCCACGGCCGUAUCGGCAAACACAGGAAGCAUCCCAGAGGCCGUGGUAAUGCUGGGGGUUUGCACCACCACAGAAUUAAUUUUGACAAAUAUCACCCUGGUUAUUUUGGGAAACUUGGUCUGAGGCGUUACCACUUGAAGAAAAACCAGCACUUCUGUCCGACAGUGAAUCUGGAUAAACUCUGGACACUUGUUAGUGAGCAGACAAGACUCAAAAUUCUUCAGCAAGAAAG